GAGAUGUUUGCAUCGGGAAACACCGUUGUUUGUUAUUGUUUUUGGUGGUGGUGGUCAACAUAAUGUCGAAAAAAUCAGUUUUACGCUUUACGCUGAAGGAGUUGAAUGCUUUGAUACAGGAUGAAAAGGCCCGUGUUGUGCUGCAAAGGAGUAUUCGAAAACUACCUCUCCAACCUUACAGCUUAAGCGAUUUGCAAGGUUCUAUACACGAGGUUUUGGAUGCAAACUUGGCUAAGUUUGACCACGAGUUGAAAGGAAUACUUUUGAGCUACAAGAACAUAAAAAUUGUGAAGAAUAUUGCAAAUGUGUUAUACGAUGAUUCUCGACUUUACCUUACUAUCCAAGCUGAUUUUUAUCUGUUUAGGCCUGAAGUAGGAUGUGUUCUACGUGGUAUUGUGAAUAAAAGAAGUGCAGAUCACGUUGGAUGUCUUGUGCACAAGGCAUUCAAUGUGUCUAUACCUAGACCAGAAUGUGAAACAGAUGGAGACUGGCAAGGAUAUUAUGUUGAAAUUGGACAGGAAGUCACAUUUAGAGUAGAAUCAUUGGACCUUACUGGUAGCCUUCCAUAUAUGUUAGGCUGUUUGCUUGAUGUUGGGUCAUUGUCCGGCCCUCCCAGUGAGACAUAUGGUGAGCAGAAGACCACAGAAAAGGAAGAAAUUUUUGCUCCCUUUAGUAAAUGUAAUGGACUUCUGGAGCAGCAUGAAGACACUUGUGCAUCUGUACCCACAACAGAACACAAAAAGAAAAAGAAACAUAAGAAGUAUGGAGAUUUAGAAAGUGGAGGAAAUGUCCAAGACUCAGUAUUUGUGAAACAUGAAAAAUACGAUAGUAUUAAUGAGAAGGAUGAUGAGGGGCAUGACGAAUCUGGCAGUCUCCUGAAAACACCCAAGAAGAAGAAAAGGAAAAAUGCUGACCAGAUUGAUCCAAUAAAACAUGAAGAGCAGACAUAUGGGCUACACAAUGAUAGGGGAACUUUGUACCAAAAUCAACAAGAGGAAGAGCAACAACAAUAUGAGGAAAAGAUCUUACUCAGUAAAAAACAAAUUGAUAGCUCUUAUCAUUUAUCAGCAUUUGAUCAUUUAAAUAGGUCUGUUAAUUUGGAAAAGAAAAAGAGAAAAUAUGGUGAAGCAUUUUAUGAUGAUGAUUAUGAUGAUGAUGAUGAAAAUCAUACCAUCAGUACACAAAAUGAAGGUGUAAAGCAUAAGAAGAAGAAGAGCAAGAAAGAAAAACAUGUUAUUGAAGUAGCUAAUGCUGAUGAAUCUGUUGAAGAUGAUUUUAGCAUAGAUACAUCAAAAGAAAUUACAAAUCAGGACAAGAAGAGAAAAAAUAAAAAUAAAAGGGAUGUUACAGAAGAACUAUCUGCAGAGUUGAGUGAAGAAACUACUAGUCCAUAUGUUAAUAACACUCCUGAAGAACUGCCAUUGAAAAUGCAGUUCAGCCAAGAACAUUUUAAAAAAUUAUGUAAGAAAGUGAAACCACUUGUGACAACUGAACUUGUAACAUCAACUCCUGUUGAACACAAAACCAAGAAAGAGAACAAAUUUUCUCUUAUUAGUAGCACAGAAAGUCACUCAGAUUUCAAACCAACAAAUUUAUCUGAAUCGAUGGACCCUUUUUCACUAAUGCAUUCUCCUAUUUUGAAAGCAAAACACCCAAAGAAAGAGAAAGAAAGUAAUCCUGCUGUUCAAAGUGAUACUGUCCCAGUAAAAGUAAAAAAAUUAAAGAAAGAGAAGAGGCUAAGUUUGUCUCAGCAGAGUCCAGCUAAAAGAAUUUCAAAGAAAGAGAAGAGACUUAGUUUGACUCAGCAGAGCCCAACUAAAAAAAUUUCAGAGGACUGUCAAUUUUCUGGAAGCCAUUGUGUUUCGUAUCACCAAGAAAGCAACUCAAGUUGCUCAGACAUAGAAAAUCAGACAAAAGGUGCAACUACACAUCUAAACUCGAGUAACAAAUCAGUAACUGAUAUACAAGAAACAGAACAUAAAAAUAAGAUGAGAGAGAGUGCUGAUAAGUCUAGUAAACAACUGACAAAAAGUGUUUUGGAGUCACCUGUAGAAGGUAAAGUGAAAAUUAGCAAGAAGGAGAGUCAUUUAUCUGCAAAGAAGAAAAAUAGUAUCUUAAAUGAACCUAAGAGAACAAUGAAAACAGAUAACAACAUUAAUGACAGUUGUGAUAAUCAAGAUUAUGGAAAUAAUAGCUAUAAUCAGAUGGUUGCUCAGUGUGGAGAAUCUGGAAAAACACAAAUGUCAAAUAGCCUAGCUGAGUACACGACAAAUAUUAAAAAACAACCUUCCAUUACCAGGAAAAGUUUCACAUCUAGCUUGGUACAUAGUGAAAAUACACCAGAGGAAGGAAGUAAUUCAGAUGAGGAUAAUGUGUUAAAAAAUAUUCUCAAAUUAAAUAGAACUCCAUCAUCAGAAAGAUCUCCCGGACACAAGCGAGUAGCUGCAGUUAAUCAGUCCUCCAGCCAGACUACAAAAACUUCCCAUCGAGCAUGUAGCCCUGACAGUGGUCUGAGUUUGUCAGCAACAUCUGCUGAAAAAGAUUCAGUUAAUUUAACAAGUAGAGACAGCAAAAGAGAUGCUCAUUACGUGUACAGUGCAGAAUUUCCCAAAGAUAGAGGACAUGUAAAAGAGCAGGCCAAAAUCCUACCAAAGACACCUAAAAGAAAGAAAAUGGCAGAUGCUGAGGAAGGUGGUAGUCAUCUGACUGUUAAACAUAGGAUCAAGAAGGAAAAAGAAAGUCCUGUUUCUCAACCUUCGAGACAUGAAACUGACAGUAUAGGUCCUUUAAGAGAAGAUGGCUCACUGGAAGCUGAAAGGAUGAAAAUUCUUGCUGAUAUGAUCAAAAAGUUAGAAUAUGGGAAUAAAGAAGAUCUUUCUAUGAAAGAUGAAAAUCAUAAACCAUUAGGUUCUUCAGCAGUCAAAGCAAGGCGAAAAAGUAAACUGGAAGAUAGUGAUCUUGAUAGCUCAAAAUCCAAGAAGGUUCACAAAAGGAAGGAGAGCAGCAAACUUAAAGAUAUGAAAAGCACUGUUAGGGAAGUAGAUAAUAUGCAGCAUCUGGAUGCUACAUCUUACUUCAAACCUUCUGCUGAAAAACUCUCUAGCAAUUUCACAGCCCAAGCUGGAGAGCAGGUACUUGAUAGGAAUAGAAAUAAUUUGGGAGAAGGGAGUCCAGUUACAGUGCAAGCUAAAAUUUCAGGAAAGACACCUAGAAGAAAGAGUACUACAGAGACUGAAGCAAGCAACUCCAGACCAGUGACUAAAACCCCAGUUAAAAUCAAGAAAAAGGAAAGUCCAAAGAAAAGGAAUGUUACGUCGUCCCCUGAAAGUGACAACAGUGGGGGAAAUUUUCAAAGGGAAGAAUCACCUGGAGCAAUGGCAGAAAGGCUUUUGCAAGAAUUUGUGAAGAGGAGAUCACUGUGAUGAAUAAAAGCUUUGUUAUUAUGAGAGACUGUGUAUGUAACGAGAGAACCAUCACUAAUUCUGAUUUCUAGUGAAUGUAUAUCUCGUAGCAUAUUGUGCAUCCUUUACUGUAAUCACAUAAAUAAUUGCUGUGUAGAAUGAGAGGUGGAGAGUAAUGUGAUUCAAAGUGGCAAAAUUUGUUCAGAUUCUGCUUAACUUCCACUUGCACUAUGCUGUAGUGUGCUCACGAUUGCCAGAUCCAAUACAAUAUUUUAUUUUGUAUCAGUUUUGAUGAAACAUAGCAUUUUGUACAUAUGUAUAGUUAUAUGUACUUCAGUAACUGCAAAGAUCUUUGUAAUAAAAGUAUUUUUUUGUAGUACUUCAGCUGAAAGGCAGCCACUCAUAUAUAGCCGACUAAUGUGUGGAGCACAGAGAUGUGUAACAGAAAACAGUUUUCACAGUAGCUUUUGAGUUCUUGCUCUUUUCCUAGCAAAAGUACACACACACACACACACACACACACACACACACACACACACACACACACACACACAAACAUGCACUACCAUGGCAUGGGAAUUCCAUUAUUGAAAACUCAGUUGAGAAAGCUAACAAAUUGUGAUACAAGAUUACUGGCCUUCAUUUAUCUUCAGGAGGUGAAAUGUUUAGUCCUGUUGAUAAGACACAGAUCCUCGUCUACCCUCAUUCUCACUACUCCCAGUAGUGCCACGGAUUUUUCUGUGGGAGGACUUAAAUGGGAUGCAUUUAAGCAUCAUGAUGCCAGUUGAGAACCUACUUGACAACAGUGGCUUGAGGCUACAAAAACUGACAAUUCUGGGAGAGCUGUGUGCUGAACUGCCCACACUGCUCCAAACCACUUCCAAGGAUGCCAUUCCUGGAGGAUAACAUGCGAGUCAGACAGUACAGGUGGGUCUAUAAGGGUCUGUGGACAGAGUCAAGAAUUUGACAAAGUUUUGAGUAUCUACAUAUUUUGAUACAAAUCAGUAUACAGAUUGAUAUAUCACUGGAAAUAGAUAUCAAAGAUUUUUACUGUUCCUGGUGAGUACAAACACUACAUUUUCCUGUAUUAUCACAUUGGUGCUCUACCAAGCACCAAAACGAUUAUCAUCAAAGUGAAACUCUGUGUGUAAAGGAAGUGAGUUGUGUGAAAAAUAAAAGGGAAGAAAAGCAAUGACACCCAUUAAGUUCGUACCAGUAGAUUAAUAGGAGCUAUACUGAAAAGAGUAGCAUUAGAACUCAUGUACUUUCUGCCACUCCACACUCACCCUCUCUCCCCUAGCUGACAAUAGUGUUUUGAUUAGCGAGUGAAACAACAUAAGGAGAUGAUCUCAUUCAUGGGUUAUUUUCAGACUAAAAUGUAACUCUGAUACCAUUUUUCCCCCCUAAUACUUUGUGUGAUGUCCUCACAUGACUUAAUGAUUAUCAGGAGAAAAUUUGACACUAUUAAAACACAUAAGAUACUAAAUAAAAAAAUAAUAAUGUGUCUGAAAAUAACACCAUGGAAGAAUCUCAGACAUUUGUGGAGUAAUUUUCAGACAGCUACUUCCUGCACUGCAUUUUUUAAAGGACCAUUUCGAGUAUCAACUGCAGUAACUGCAAGACAAAAUAUGUACAGCCGAAACACUAUAUUGAGGUAUUUAUCAGGCAAUUGUGAAAAUGAGUAUAAAAAGAUACGAGUGUUUAAAACAGAAAUAGUAUUUCAGAACCACAAUUUAAUGUUUCUAAACUUCAAAGAUCUCUGUGUGAUACUUUUUGACAUUACAGUUGUGUUCACAUCAUAAAUGGCUUUAAUAUUAAACAGGUCAAUCAACUCUGUCUUCAUUAGCCCAAAAAACAAGGAUUUUGCAACAUCAUAAUCUUGUUCUUUCAGUGGUCACCAAAACCUAUCCCAACCUAACCACUUUAAAAACUCAUUUCAGCUUUCAUCAAAUGUA